AUGGAAAGGCUUAAUACAUUAGGCUCAAGCUUACCACCUGAACAGCCACCUACAAAUCAAGUUAUCGAGUCCUUAAGUAGCGAACUUUCCCAGGAGUUCAAGCUAGCCGCCAAUGCAGUGACGAAACUUUAUAGAGUCGCUAACGAGCGUAAUUCACUGUUAAAGCAUCAAGGUUACUUGCAGUGCUUAGAAGAUAUAUUAUCAAUAAUGGGACAAAAUCCAUCGGCAUCCACCGAUGUGAUUCAUCUGUGGUGUUUAAAACAGAAAAAUGAGAUGCUUUCGCAUGGUAGUGGAAUUUCACCUGAUAGUUCAGCUACUACAAAUUCAAAUAAAUUUGAUUUCAAUUUUGAUAACCCAAAUGUGUCAAAUAUCAAUAAUACAGAUGUUAGUGUGCCGAAAUUCAGAUUGUCGAAUCCUCCACCGAGUGUUGAACACACGACCACGAAUCAUAAACCGAAAAAGACAAGAUGGAUUAAAAGGCAACCUACAUGGGCUAAAGAAGAUAAAAUAUUAAGAGAUGAUGAAAGUAUUGGAGAUGAUCAGCGAUCACCACACCGUAAAUCGGAUUCGGACAAAGUUCAAGAACACCAUAUUUAUCACCCGCAUCACCACCAUCAUCAUUACUACAAUGACAAUAAUGACAGGACCAAAAUGGGGACAGAACCAGAAACGGAUUUGGGGCCAAAGAAGAAGCAAAGGUUGGACAAGACUGAUUCCAUCGGGGAUUGA